AUGUCAAAUUAUCCCAUCUCAAAAAGGAAAUGCCAAAAUAUGUGUCAAGGGAUAUUUAAUGACAAGAAACGAGAAACAAGAGGACAUAUAUUAUUGGUGCUGCGAAAAAAGAAAAUUAAUGGCCUGCACAUGUCAACAUCGGGCUUGACCUCUAAUUCAAUGAAUGCUAAUUCAUCAGUGCUAGGAGCUCAAAACAGCCUACCCUAUUGCAACAGUCACAUGAUGACAUCAUCUCCUACUUCUGAACUAGUCCCAUCAACACCACAAUGUACUCAAAAUGUAAACAUCCAAAACCAAGCACCGGAAUAUUUAACAUCGUACUUAGGCUCUAAUCUAUACAAAAACGCAGUGCCUGGAACUCAAUGUUGUCCACCAUAUUAUGCCAGUUUAAUAAAUGCAGUCAUAAAAACUUUUGAAGAUAGUCGAAAUCAGAGUAAAAUAUAUAUGACAAUUUGGGAAACUAUAGUAACAUUUGCUCAACAACAUAAUAUAGAAUUAGAAGUCCCCAAUAAAAUAUCUAAACGGAAAAGAACAGAGCCUGAAUUUCUGAAAAAUUUUGUUGUAACUACAACAACUGCAGCUGAACACGAGGACUCUAAUAAUGAAACUAAUUUAAUUGAUUACUGGAAAGUACAUGCUUACUAUCCAAUAAUAGACGAGGUUGUAAAUAAUCUGAAGACAAGAUUUUCUGCGGAGAGUUUGAAUUUGGCAAUUUCUAUUGAUCACUUUUUCAAUCUGGACUAUGAAAAAAGUUCAUUUUUUAUUCAACAAUAUAAGGAUUUACUGAAAGUUGAUUUGAAUUCACUUCAAGCUGAAAUGAUGGUUGCCAAAAACUGUAUUCAAAACUAUAAUAAUAAACCUGAACCGGGACCUGAACAAAAAAAUCAAAUAAAUUUAUUCAAAAAAAAUAUAACUAUUUCAACUUUUCCUAAUGUAUAUAAACUUUUAAAUUUAGCUCUGACCUUACCAAUUUCUUCAGCAUCAUGUGAGAGGUCAUUUUCGACAAUGAGACGUAUCAACACAUAUAUACGGUCAACUAUGACUCUAGACCGUUUUUCCUCACUGGCAAUACUAAAUAUUGAAAGAGAUAUUUCAAAUAAUAUUGAUUCUAAUGAUAUAUUAAAUAUCUAUUCAAAAACUAAUAGACGCUUGGAAUUAUAG